AUGAAGACGGAAGUACCUGAAAAACAAAGUUUCCAAGCCAAUAGAAGCACUUUCAAGCAUGUAAAAGAGACAAAGAAAGACAGAGCUAACGACCAAUCAAGUGGCGUCUUCGAGUCGUUAAAAUUGAGCAAGUUAUCGCCAUUUCAAGCUGCUCAUGCGUUAAUACAGAAGACCAUGUUGGCCUGCUUUGUAGACGACUCCAAGUGCUCGUUAAGUGAAAGGGAGCAAUUAAUUCGAGACAUACAGCAAUUGACCCGAUUAUUUGCCAAGAAACUGCUGCUUUCUCCCGAAGAAGAGAGUAAGAUUCAAGAAGAAGAGCCACAAGAUUCUCAGUCACAAUAUAUUUUGCCACGUGAGACUGUGAUGCCUCCCACGGCCUAUUUUUCCUUCCGUGACAACGGUCGGAUGCACCUUCCAAUUGUAGAUUGGGCUGCAUUUCGAGGCUAUUCUGUAGCUCUGUGGAUAAAUGUAGAGUUUUCUCUCGCUCAGGCCAAGAAAGAAACUUCUGCAGUGCAAAAUGUCGCUUCGGAUGAAUUGUACGCCAAGUUUAAUCUUUUUCGGUUCACGAACGGAUCAAAUACGUUGGGAGUGGAGGCGUCGUUGGAGUAUACGGAAGAUGCCAGUAAAGGGGGACAUGGACUGUUGCUGAAUGUCAGUUGCUGUGCUCCGAGCACAGCGGGUGAUGCUAAAAAAUCGGCGUCAGUUGCAGCAUCAUCUACCUAUACUCCCGAGUGGAGGAGGAUUCAGCAGGAAAUUGACUUGGUGCCUGGUGGAUGGCAUUUGCUGCUGAUAUCGCAUUCGUUGCAUUACGUAAAGAAGAGCAAAGUGACGUGUUACGUGGACAACAAACUGCAGUUUAAGAAAGAACUUGUGUAUCCGUCGGGGCUGGUGACCGCGUCGAAAUGCACUAUAGGAGGAGGUCGUAACGCAAGAGCUAAAAUUGCCAGUGUAUCGAUGUACCAAGAUGAGCUUUCAAAGGAGACAAUUGAGUUGAUGUACGCGUUGGGGCCUAUGGUGUCUUCGUUUAAUCGUUGGGCUGCAGCGGUGCCUACUCAGUCAAGCCGAAUGGUCGCUGGUACUCGUGAGUGUGCGCUAGGGUCAACGCCAUUAGCUGUCCCAGAAAAUGAGUCGUUUACGGUUCUUUGUAAAUUGCAAGUCGUGUUCGCUUUUAACGCGCAAAACACUGUUAACGAAGACUAUGCUGAUCUUGGAGUCGAAUGGCUGUGUGAGGGCACAACGCCCACUACGAACGGAAAGUGGCUGGCUCUAGAGACUACUGUGGGUGCAUCUGCUGAGAUUCAACAGCGAAAUGCUAGACUGGGUAAGAACACACAAAAAAUGAUUUUCCCAGACUAUCGCGCGGCAUGGUAUCGGUCAGUGGGCGUUUCUUCGCUGCCAGUACUCCUUGACUACAUUUUGACAGCCUACGAAAGAAUCUCGGCGAAACUAAAAACUACUGGAACGACUGGAAACGAAGCAACAGCGCAAAAAGGAGCGCGUCCCCUUUCAGCUAUAACGGAAAGUGUGGUGGUCGACUUGCUGUGGAUUAUGAAGGGUUUGUUGAUCAACAAUGUGGCCAAUCAACAGGAAGUGCUAAAAAACUAUGUGUUUCACAUGCUUUCUCACGUCAUGAUACAUCACAAAGAUUGUCUCUCUGUGGUAUGGACGCCUGGAAGUCUUGUCGUUUGCGUCGAAAUGGUGAAGAGUUUGUUCAGGAUGAUGCCGUUGCCGAGAAAGAGUCUCGAAGUUGGUGACAACCAUCCUUCCCACGUGUCUAUUUGGGCGACGAAUCCGCUAUUCGCUUCGGGAGUUCGAGCCGUUUUAAUGGAUUAUCGUUUGUGGAUGCAAGCGGAUUUUAAGACCCAGUCCAUAUAUAAUCAUCAAAUGUACGGGCUUGCCUGCGAAUACCCACGAGCGUUCAAUAACAUGCAGGCUGUUUCGAAGAUGCUAGAGAUUCUAAGGAAUUUCUACUCGGUUUCACAGGCUUCGCACACGUCUGGUGAAAGUAAACCAAGCCAGAACUCGCAGCAAUUGACCGAACCUUUCGACAAGGAGCAUCACUGGAAGCAACAAAGUAUUCAAAGUCUGGUCGAGGUGAUCGAGGUGUGUUUGACAAACCAGAGUACACAGGUUCAUGAAGUUCUGGAGCAGGAGGUAACGGAAACAACGUUUGCUCGAGCAAGUACUCCUGCAGGGGCUGGAGGAGGUUCUGCCACGAGCGGGACUGGCCUGUCUCAAUCCCCAUCCACUCCAUCUUCGUCUUCCGCACCACCUUCGAUGGCAGUUCUUGGUCGGAAAGGAGGUGUGUUUAGCAUCAAUCUUGAGAGUAUUGUAUGGAGUGACCAGACGGUUGCAGGUUCAACUUCGUCUGGAAUUUCCGAUGUGAAUGCUCCGGACGAAAAGGGUUUUACUCCCCAAAAAAGUGUUUUACACUCUAUCCAAGUUCGAUUCUCACUCGUCCGCGAUAUUCGUGCAGUGAUUAAAUUUUUAAUGACGAGCAACGAUGCAGCUGUAUGCACUUCCAUAUUGUUGUUGCUGCGAAGACUCGCUGUGUCCUUUUUGGAUAUGCGGUUUGCAUUAGUCAGCUCCAGUAUAAUGGAUUGUCUACUGUAUCUAAUGCAUGAUCGUCGGACUGACUCAGAGAGCAACGGUUCGAACAUCAACAAAUUAGAGCACAAAGAAGGCUUAGACGUUUCUAUUCACGUACGCAUGGCUUGUGUUCCGUUGUUCAUUUACUUGCUGGAUUGGCUCGAGUCAAUUGAAGGUCGCACUGUUUGGUGUGGGCUUGAAGAACACUUGCGAUUGGUCCUUAACGGCCAAGGAAGCUUCUCAGUUGGGUUUCUGGAGCUUAUGAUGGAAUUCUAUUUUGAUCCAGUGUGGCUAUUGGGUGUCCAGCAUAGUAUCAUCAUGAACGAUCCUUCCAAAAAGGACUCAAUGCUGUUUCCCAUUGCGCCGGUGGCAGCAAACAAGUCAACACUGACGCAGGAGACUCGAAUUGAAGAUGGCAUUGCGGUCGUGUCGUCAACCUUCACUGCUACAGGAGAAAUGAGCACCGGAAUCGGCGGGCUAAUCGAAUGGAUAAAGCAAGCCAACCAAUUUGUGGGUAAGCGUCUACAGUUAACAUGGGAAAAGCGAGCUGCUGUUAUUCGUCUGACAGCUUUGCGAAGUCUGUCCAACGUUGGUGCUGAGGUUCAAGGUCAAACUGGUCCUGGGAAGAACUCAACUCUUGUUGCCGAUAUGUUUGACGAGGGAGUCAGUGGUAUAUUGAGUCUGCCGCUGAAAGGCAUUCUGCCGUUCCUGCCAAUUCUGCUGGGUAGAAGUACACCGCAUUUUCGCGAAAAAGUCCUCAUGGACAUCAAUGUGAAGCUGAAGACAGAUGAAAAUCUUCAGCAGCAACUUCUCUCGAUGAAGAAAAACUGGGCGGACGCACUUUUGGAGUUAUCGCUGACGUGCUCGGUUGGUGUGGAGCUGGUUCAGUCGUCGACUGGGAGUGCAGAUGGCGACAGUGACAGCAGCGAUGAUGAUUGCGGUCGUGCAUAUAGUUUUGAUUCCAGUAAGACCGGCGAGGAUUUAGUGCUUGACACAAUUGUGUCGUUGCUAUGCAUGGCGAUGAGCAACUCGCACGGAUGGCGAUCAUUCACGCAUUUGCUGCUGGCUCUAAAAGGGAUCCAGGUGAAAUAUGAUGCGGAAUGUGGGACUGGAAGCUCACUAUCUUCCUUGCCCCCGUUAGCUCAAGUGGCUCCACACGUCAACCAUUCCGAACUAUUUCGUGAGCCGCUGAACUGGAUUUGUCGUGUGGUUGGUAUUGUUCUACAACGUAUGGCGAGGAGCCGAACAAUCUUGUCACGGACACUUGCAGAUAAUGUGCAACAUUUGCUGUUCCUUGUUAAUGAAACGCUGUUGAUACUGCCGCUAAAGACGCUAUCUGCAAAACGUGCAAAAUCAUCCUGGAACUCGCCAGCAGAAAAAUAUUCGUGGUCUGAUGCGCAGCUUUUCUUGCUAAACGCAGUGUUGGAUAUAUGCGCCCGAUUGGUCGAUAGUACGCACAAAUUACAUCGUGUAGGUCUCUUUCCUGGCCUCCAAAUACUGCAACAUGCACUCCCAUACGUACAUGGCAAAACCAUGAUGGAACGGGUAGUUGAGGUGCUGACACAAAAUUUUCAGCAAGAGUUGACAGCUGGUUCUGCGCUGAGCGUGCACGAAUCGGUGCCGACGCGUGAUAUGUUUCUCGGUGCCCUUGUUGAUCUUCGUCGUGCCUUGAUCGUCCACAAGAAGGAGGAAUUACUGGUCUUGUUGAGAGGACUGACCCUCCGAAUAUGCACAUCUGGGUCAUUUGUAGAAGAAUUAGGCGUUGCGGGACUAUCUGUGCACGACCUUGGCGAGCUCACUGAAGUACAAGCAGUUGAAGUGGUAUUAGAUGCGCUGGCGUUAGCAAUCAACGACACCGAAUUGCAUGAGGUAGAGGAACAGAGCGACAUGGUACCAUAUUUCCCGGUUGCGAGGGACCUGCAGAAUCCGCAACAAAAUUCUGGCGAUGCACCUGAUGAUUCUGCCGGUGUGGGCUCGCUAUCUGACAAGAAAUAUGCUAGAGUGGAUUAUGCUGAUGACCGUGAGCGGGUGCUUUGGGCAGCGCUUGAAGUCGAAGAGAAUAGGAUGCUGGCGACUUUGCGGGAUGUAGCGACUCGAGAAAUGCAGCGCGCAAUGACUGCGCUGUCCUUCCAGCGUAAGCAAAAGCUAGAAUGGACUCAAAAGUUGUGGCUGAAGCACGAGCUUACUUUCCGCUCGCAAAACCAAUACAAUUCGCUGCGACGUGCGGCACCAGAAACGCUGACUGCGUUGCAGAAUACGCUUAUGUGGCGGCUCGGACUUUAUGAAACACCAUUUCCUUCUCGAAUGCGGCGUACAGUGGACGUAGAUUUGCAAUUGAGCUCAAAGAAAAUGCUGGCACUAGCAGCUGAGGGAUCUAUGGAUGAUCAAAGUGAAGCAGAGGAGUACCAAAUUGAAGCGAAAAGGAAGUCCGGGUUUAGGAAACACAGGCAGUCAUCAGCACCAGCCUUGCCUUUAGAAAUGCUUCGUAGCUUUGAUGGUGAAACAGAAGGAAGUGAAAGAAGUUCUUCCAAUGCAGCAUCCAGUGUAGACUUGCUGGAGCGAGUUGGUCGAGUUAUCGCGCAACAGCGUGGCGGCGAAAUUCGAGAUAUUACGUCCGACGAAUCUCUCUCGCCGUCUGAGUUAGCCGACACUUACGUUCCUAGUAAAGGCAGUACUGACAGAGACGAUGACGAGGGAGCAGCUCGCCCUCUUACAGACGAUGAGCAUUUAGAGGAGUACAAGGGUGAUACCGUGACACACAGCAUGGAUGGAGAUGAAGGCAAGUCGACUUUGUCGACAACAAGUGCUACCACAUCAAAGGGAACAGUCCUUUUGGGGCAGGGGGGAAGGGGCUGGACCCUGGUGCUGGAAUUGGUGUUGCGCCAGAUGAUCAAGUGUAUGCCUACGUAA